UUCUUUGUUUUCUGAAGCGUGGUUUAAAUACGAUUUUCACUGAUUAAAUUGUUACCAAUACAUGUCAUUAAUUGUAAACCUUGAAGCGUUCAUAACAAACGAAUUACGAUGUGGUGUUUCUGAUUGUCAAAAUGUUUAUGAAACACUUACAGUAUUUUUAACUGAGCUAUUAUAUUCCCGUAGGAAUUUCUCUUUAGAGAUUGUAAGCAACUGUAUUACAAGAUUGGAGUCAUUGAAACAAUUGAUGCUUGCAAAGCUGAUAUUGCGGAGGGAUUCAUUCUCAGUGUCUGUAAAUUUUGGAUCCUGUUGUGACAAGGUUCAAGCUUUGGCGAUUGAGAACCGAUUGUUCAAUGUUGGAGGACGUCCUUUAAGAGGAAUCAACAAUGAGUUGAAAGCGAAAGCUAAGACUAUUUUGCAACUUUGGUUUGCGUUGCAUUUGAGGCAUCCCUACCCUCAAGUCAAGAAUGUAUUAAGCUGGGUAACCUAACUGGUUUAAGUGUGCAGCAGAUUAGAUACUGGUUCUCCAAUAGACGUAGAGAAAUAAAAUAAGGUUAUGACAUA